GAGAACCUCUUAUAGUUUACUCAUCAGCGCCACCGUUUAGCUCCUUUCUCUCAGUUUUUCUCUGAUUUCGUCAGAGCUUGAUCUCUCCAUAGAAAUGGGUGCUUUCCGGUUUCACCAAUAUCAAGUGGUUGGGAGAGCCCUCCCGACAGAGAAAGAUGAGCACCCUAAGAUCUACAGGAUGAAGCUUUGGGGUAGAAAUGAAGUAUGCGCCAAGUCCAAGUUUUGGUACUUCAUGAGGAAAUUGAAGAAGGUCAAGAAAAGCAACGGACAGAUGCUUGCCAUCAAUGAGAUUUUCGAGAAGAAUCCCACGACAAUCAAGAAUUACGGUAUCUGGCUGCGUUAUCAGAGCCGAACUGGGUACCACAACAUGUACAAGGAGUACCGUGACACGACACUCAAUGGUGGAGUGGAGCAGAUGUACACUGAGAUGGCUUCUCGUCAUAGAGUGAGGUUCCCUUGCAUUCAGAUCAUCAAGACUGCAACAGUCCCUGCAAAGCUGUGCAAGAGAGAGAUCACCAAGCAGUUCCACAACUCGAAGAUCAAGUUCCCUCUUGUUUUCAGAAAGGUCAGACCACCAACCAGGAAGCUGAAGACUACAUACAAGGCAUCAAAGCCUAACCUUUUCAUGUAGAUCCAAUUGGCAUGAUUAGGGUUCGUGUUCCUAGUCUGAACAAAACACUGGAGUUAUCUUCUCUUGAAGAUUUUUGAACUUAUUUUUGUUUUAGAUAUGAUACGGUAUUCAGGUGACUCAUCUCCAAUUUUCAUCAGUUUUCAAAGUUUUGCUGCUUUAGUGUAAUGUACUAAUGUUGCAAAAAGUUCAGGCUUGAUAGUUAAGGUAAAUGUGGGAGAGUUAUCAUAAA